UGAAGGGGAGAAUUGGAGGAGAGCAACUUCAAGCAGCAGGUGUAACCAACUCAAUCAAGGAGUUUGGAGAAGAAUGACGCGAAGGUGGAAUGACAUUCGUGACAGGAGAUCGUCUGACACAAGUUUACCUCAAAAAUCAGACCUCUCACUCAAUGUAGAAUAAACCGGCACAGUGAUGGCAUGGAAUAUGAAACCACAAGAUAAUAUCGUUCUUCCGUCCUAUUCUGAAAGUCAGUCAUCGUUUUUGUCCCAAGCCUUAAGAAGCCCACCGGUAUAUUCUCAAAGGAACACAUUCACCUCUCAGGGUCCUUGUACCGAGCCGAGAAGCCCCCAAAAGAUAUUCAUGUACUCGGCCAACAUGAAAGGCAUUUCACAGCCAUCGCAGUAUCCAAAUGUGGCUGGCUACCCGCCAGCUGGGCAAGCGGCAGCCCGGGAGAUGCCAGGGAUGGGAACCAUCGUCUCGCAGAGUUCAGCGAAGAGAACGUCUCUUCAGUGUAUUAAAAUGCCCAAGUCCCAUCAUCAGACCCCACAGGUGCCACUGGAUAAUAGACAGAACUCUUGGACCAACCCAUCUUUGAAUGAGCCAGGUCAUUUCCCCGUCAGGCCACCCGCCGGGUCUUCUCAAAACGGCCUCGGAUUCGGCAUUCCGAACGCCAUUCCUCCACAGAAUCAGUACGUGACACCGGUCGCCUAUCCCGCGCCACCGCAGGUGCUGGCUUUAUCGCUUCCCUCGAGGUUUUCCACCCUGUAUCAAGGAAAACCCGAAGCGAGCGGGUCUUCGGUAGAGCUGCAGGUGGGCUGGGCGGGCCAGUGCAAUCCGAACGGGCCGUCUGACUCUCAGGAGCACAGAGCGGUGUCUCUCGCUCCACCCGGUCAGUAUCCCAGUACUCUGCAGGGCUCGGGGAUCCAUCUGCCUAACCAGAACGUCCAGAAAGAAAUCCCCCUGGCCCCGUCCACGAUGCAGACCGCACACGGGCAGAAUGUCAAUCGCAGAGGGGCCGCUCCUCCCAAGCCGUACGCCCUGACCCAAACCCAGCAGUACAUGGCCGUCCAGAUGGUGAUGGAGAUGAAUGCCAACAACCCUCCUCGUUAUUGCUCCAGGUUUGCCAAUCCAAAGCUUUGCAGCGGGCAGCAGUUGGCCGAGCCUCUGGCCGGCGAACCCCUCCGCAGCCCUCAAGGUCUCCUGGUGGACGCGAACCCGUUCUUUCAGCCUCACUGUCAAAACACGAUCGGAUAUAGUCCCGCCGCGGGAAGCCCGUGGUCUUCGAACGGGAACGUGAGGCCGAAGCCGCCCUUUCACGAGCCGGUCAGGCCGGCCGCCGAAGGCGGGAACCCGCCGCGGAAGCCCGUACCGGAAAGGCCGAAGGGCCCCGGGGCCGGAGUGAUUCCGGAGCCGCCCGUGAGGCCCGUCCCCGGGCCGGGCAGCCAGUUGGGAGCUUCGGAAGUCCCAUCCGCCCCGUCUAGAGCCGGGCUGAUGAAUCAAGGCAGAGGAGGGUUGGCUUGGGAUGCUCCAUGCGGGGGAGUCGUCGGCAGUUUAGAAGGCUCCGGUGACUCUAAGGCAGGGAUGACAACGGUAACGAAGGAAGGGUUGGCGAGCGACGUUAGGAAAUUGCUAGCCAUGAGAAAUGAAGUCGUAAAGUUCGCCAGGCAGAUUAAAAUGAAGAAAAGCCUCUUGAUCGCCAAGGGCGGCGAAUCUGUCGCCGCCACCUCUUCACUAGACGGUCCAAAGAUCAGCCCCGGGCUCACCUCCCAAAUCGCUGCCGAAGGUCAGACGUUUCCACAGACGACGACCCCGAGCCCGGAAUGUCGGCUUUCCACAGAAACGAGAUCGGGACCUCCGCACUGGAGAAAUCCCGCCAGUAUUCAAGGAUCUAGCAGCCACGGACGAAUCAUCCAAGACAGCGGUUCUGUUUUGCUUAAUUCUGUCAUUUGUGACCAAGCACCCCGAUCGGACCAGAUGAACCUGUCUUUGGAGAAAAAUUCAGCAUUGGGACAGAAGAUCUUAUCGAGCUCCAACCCUGCACUCAGGACCCCAGAGCAGACGGCGGUUUCCCCGUGUUGUGAUAUCGACAAAGUCGGCCCUUUGGACAGAGGUCGACAGGGACUAGUGGCGGAAUCUGCACAAGCCUCUGGCCAAGUCCUGCUGAAAAGAAAAGAGUCCUUGAAGAAAGACAUCGUUUCCUGUAAUAAGUUAUUGGCCAAUCUUCUUCAGAGUAAGAGUCCAACUUACUCUGAUGGCAUUCACUUCUCAUAUCCGGGAUUAACGGGCCCGAAUGAAAAGAUUCUCCUCUCGCAAUCGAACUAUUCCGAAGUGGACGGGCAAAGCACAGUUACCGAUCAGCAGUCAGGUGAGAAAACCGGGGUCGCUCCGAACGCUUGUAACAGCAGUCCGGGGAUUUCAGCCGCGGCUGGGUCUCUGGUCGUUCCCAAGGCUUGCUGUCAGGUGGAUAACAACACCUAUUCCAUGGAAGAGUUGGCAGCUUGUCUCGCUCUUUGGAAAAGGGCGCCUACAGAGCCCGUUGACAUCCCAAAUCGAGAAAUCCCCAUCGCUUCCGGUCAGGCCCCGUCACCUUUGGAAGGAAGGCUUAAUGAGUGUCCGGGCCCAGGUUUGGAAAACCUGCCAAAUAAAGUCCUCAAAGAUGCAGGUGACUCCAUUCUGUCAUCCGUGGUUGUUUCCGGUGUGCCCAGGCCCGAGCCCGUGAGUUCUGGUUUGGCCAAAGGGGUGGAGCUGCAGGUCGCUGUGGUCUCUCCCUUGAUCGUCUCAGGGGCCAAAGGGCUGGCCGACCCCCCACCCAAACCCGAAGAACCUUUACACGAAGCAGUAUAUCCGGUCAUUCAAGAAGGCAGCGUAUGUAGCUUGCAGGCCCACCUUCAAGAGAAGGAUGUGACGGUCCUGUCGCCCCGGGCUGGCACCGAGAGACGACAGGGAGAAACCGAUACCUCACCGCCGGAGUCUAUCGCCGUUGUCAAAACGUUCGGUGCGCCGGUGGACUCGGUCGUGUCAGCGGGCGGAUACGUAGGCGUGCAGGGAACUGUAAGCUCCAAUCGCUCCGGGGGCAUCGAGCUAGAAAAGUCGGGCCAGUGGGUUCCGCGGCAACCAGUCGGAAUCGAAGAAGACCACCGUUUUCACCACCUAACCUCGAGCACCUCAGGGGAGAACCAAGAACAGCGGGCUCUGACCAAAUUGAAAGAGACCGAUGCUCUGACAUCAGAUGGCGACUCGCUGCAGAUUGCCAACGUCUGUUCUCUCGUAGAAGGCGGCAUAUUCUAUAACUCCCAGUUAGCCCACAUCUUUGGCUCCGAUCCUCUGACAGAGACGGAGGACCCGACUGCCUCAGUGGGUGACGGCGCGGUUCUCGGUACCAGCGCUCCGAGACCGUUGGACCCGGGGAAACUGGGGUCCGACCGGCCAGUCGUGGGGUCUGAAGAGCAGAGCGGGUUGCCGUUCCCCAACCCCUUCUCUGAAAGUCCCUGCCUUGCAAAGUCGUCCGGAGUUUCAGAAUCGGCUGUGUGCCUGAAGCCUCGAGAUCCGACUGCAGUACAAACAAUUCCGAGCAUUAAGAACACAGGGAAACCUGCAUGUGAAGGAUCUUGCUCAUUGAUCCAGUAUCAGCUGGAUCUUCCUCUUGAAGAGUUGGCCGUCUUACCCGAUAAAGAUCGCCAUCCAGGUCGUCUCUUCAGUCCAGAUGAAAAUCUCAUGUGGGAGAGCCAUCUGACCAUGCCCGAUGAGGUGCCAUCUAUAAAAUACCUCGAAGACCAGCUGUCUGAACUUUUAAGAGAGUUUCCUUACGGUCUCGAAAAGUCACACCCGCGGAAAGUCCCCAAAACGGAAAACCCAAAACCCUCCGAGACGCCCGCGAGAAUGGUGAAGGAUCCAGAUUCUUGUUGUCUGAGAAACAUAGAACCCGGGGACCCAUUAAACCAAAUUCAGAUCGUGAUUUUGAAUUCAGAGCAAGUGAAGGAACUGUUCCCUGAACCUACGGAGCAGUCACCAGGUACAGAGAAAUCAGCAGGCUCUCCCAGUGAAGGGUUGACUCCCGAAAACCGAGACCGAGACAUUCCUCGUCUACCACUUACAGACCCCGUGACCUCUGAGGCAGGGGACGAUGAAACUCGCGCAUCAGACGGCUGGGCUACUGUUCAAGGGGGCGGGCCCCAUUCCUCGUGUGACAUUAGCCGGGCUGACCUGUCAGAGAAAAAGAACAUCAGUGACCAGUGUUUCCAGUCGGAGGUUCUCAACCAUCCAGCGGGAUACCCGAUGGACGCCGACAGAGACGUCCCUGUUACUGAAGGGAAAAGUCCCACGGAAAAUAACUUCCACACAUCUGGGGAAUUGCCGGAACAGAAGCAACAUUCCCCUGACGGGGGACACGGACAAAUAAGAUACCCACCAACUAUCCGGAGCGAGGAUAGGCCUAAAGCAGAACACGACGGAUCAUCGAAAACGGAGUUAGAAUCCACUGCUAAGGUGCGGUCCCGUGACAAAGAAGUAGGCUCAGAAAAAGUUCUCAAACCUUGGAAAAAGAAAAAACUUAAAUUCCACGAAGUAACUUUUACGGGAAAAGAAGUCAAACGUCACAAAAGGGUUGCUAAAGGCCCCACACAGGAGGAAACCUCAACAAAACAUUUUAACCCUUCAAAUGGGAAGGAAAAAGGAGUAUUUUCCUUGCAAAACAAAGACUUUCACAAAAAAGAAGCAUCUUCAAGAGAAGAGGCAUCUUCGAGAGAUGUGGCAUCAGCAGAAAGCUUCAAACUGGGGCACGAAGCAAAAAGUCAUUCCAAAUUCAGUCUGGAACAGAAGAAGAAGUCCGAACCAUCUAAUAAUGUAUUUGAUUGGGAGAAGGGGGAACACGACAAACUAGAACAGAACUCAGGUCAAAUAAAUGAGUUGAAGUCGAGCAGCAACGAAACGAACAAGAUCGUGGGAAAAAAGUUAUCGACAGACGUGACACCCGUCGACUCGGAAAAGGCUACGCAGAGUAACACAGUGAGGACUCCCAGCAUAACGUCAAAUUCUUCCAGCUAUAAGGAUAUCUCACGUAAAACGAAUAGAGUCUUCUCUUCUCAAGGGUACUUAAUGAGGCGAAAACGUAAAGAAAUGAUCAGCAAGCAGGACUCCAAGAAAAACCACGAAUGGGAAAUGAAGAGAGCCGGCCAUUCGGCUACCGAGAAAGUCUGGCAAAAUAAAUUCACCUUUAAACUAGUGAACUGUGGGAAACCCAGCGAAGGACAUGUCACGUGGAGGUGCAAGAGACAGUUAGAGGCACUGACACACCGGAGUAAAAGCAUUCACUCUCACAGAGUCAGAACGCAGUCAGACGCAGAAAAGAACUUCACCAGAAAAGUCAGAGCAAAUAUAGGGGAGAAGAAGCUGGGAAAAACAUACUCCGAAAACAGCGGCAAGCCCGAUGCCGAUUUACUCUGCUUAAAUAAAAAAGUUAAGUUUAACAAAAUGCCUCUUCAAGCAAAUGAGCCCAAAGACCAAAAGAAAGUGUAUCUGAACCGAGUGGCUUUUAAGCGGACUGCCCAGGAAAGUAUCUGUUUGACAAAGUUAGACUGCUCGCCUGGGAAAUCUCUAGGGAGAACAAAGUCGGCUAGUGAGUCAGAGACGGGGUCCGAUGGUAAACCCUGCUUCUCUUCACCUGAGAGGCCAAGAAUGCUGGAAUUUAAAUUGUGUCCCGAUGUGCUGUUGAAGAACGUGAGGAGUGACCAAGAAGUUCCAGAGGAGAAGACUUUUCCCAGGAAAGAGCAAGCCCCCGUGGAAGGAAUCAAAAGUACGAAAGAAGAUUGGCUAAAGUGCAGUCCCCAGAAGAAAAGGAAAAUAGAAGCAGCCAAAAACCAAGAUGACAGCCACCCACCUCUUCCAAGAACACCCAAGAGAAGUUUCAGCGGCAGCGACAUUACCCAAGGCUCAGCGACGGACUCGAAGGCCAUGUUUCAGACGUUCAAGAAGUUGUACAUGGAGAAAAGAAGCAAGAGCCUAGACAGUAGCCCCACCACGUGAUCCUCGCUGCCUUAGAGCCAUUUGUCCACCAGUGAUCUGGUCUCUGAUACAAGUCUCCCUCCAAAAGCCAAAUCCGUUGCUGGCAACGGAUAGAGUAUUGCCAUACAGAGAUCUAGCAGCCAUUAAAUGAAUCUUUGUGUGUCGUCUACAGUCUGUUAUUUAACUUUUUAGCAGCUUCUGUUUUUGUUGCCGGUCGGGUUCGUUUGUGAUGACGGUCCACAGAGCAAUAGGAUGACAUCACCGAGACUGUAAAGAUUUAUCGGACUGAUCGUAAAGUAUUUAAGCUUCUGCCUCAUUUAAGGAAAGCGGCGCCGGGAAAGACACUUUGAAUCUCAGCUUCCAGUUUACUGUCAAAACAUGCUGACAGAUCGUGACCAUCUGCCCUCUUCAAUUAGUAACCGUAAAAGCAUUCUUACAUCCUACAUUGGCAAGAUUCUUUUUUUAAAAAAAAAACCUACUGUGAAAUUUAAAGUAUUGUCUUUGUUGAAUCUUUUGUUGAGAUGCCAUUUUUGUACUGUAUUGAAUUUUGAAUUCAAUCCUGUAUUUUUUUGAUUUGUUUUUUUUU